AUGCUUGAACCGAAACCGUCAACUCUGCACAUGCGACGACGACUGUUUGAGUCGCACAAACGUGUUUCUGGAAGGUUUGACGAAUCGCUCGAAUCAUGUGCGUCGUUCCCGACCAGAUCGUUGCUUGGAGUUCGUUUGCCUCCUCAGUGUGUUAACGAUUCGUCCAGAAUGACGACUUCCAAGCGAUUGGCUGAGAAGAAGAACUCCGCUUUUCACAAGAACAUCACGAAACGAGGGAACGUUCCUGAUAGUGCCACGAAACGGAGUGAGAAGUUUCCCGUCAGCGUCUGGGUUCUCGGUUUCUUCAUCUUCGUUGUCAUUGGCUCGUCUCUUUUCCAAAUAAUCCGCAACGCCCAGUCAAGGGCGGUUGAGUAA